AUGCCCCCUGGCAAGAAAGAGCGAAUCUCCAGUGUGACACUAGUGGCCAGUCAGACAGAUCUGGUGGAGUUCAACAGCUCUGUCACUCUCACCUGCUCCGCCUCUGGCUCCUCCCCCUCAUUCCAAUGGUUCAACAGGAGUGAUGAGGUCACAGGAAGUGAUGGAGUUCUGACUGACAGAGGGACUCUGACCAUAGAGAGUGUGACUCGCUAUGAUACUGGGCCAUACAAGUGCAAUGCAUCCAACAUUGUCAGCUCUGAGAUGAGCUCUGUGGUCCACCUAACCAUUUCCUAUGGUCCAGACAAUCCUAUAGUUAUAGUGACGCCUCGAGCCGAGUUCUACAGCUCUGGAUCUACCAUCGUCCUGUCCUGCUCCUCUGAGUCCAGCCCUGCUGCCCAGAUCCAGUGGGCUCUGAAUGGAGCCCUGCUGGGUAAAGAGGAACCAGAACUCAGACUGGAGAAUGUUCAGACCAGUCAGAGUGGAGAAUACACCUGCUGGGCCCAUAAUAGUAAAACCCAGAGGUAUAAACUAUCAUCUCCAACGAGCAUCACUGUGCUGGUACCUGGCCCUGGACACAGUGGAUUGUCCAGUGGAGCCAUAGAAUCGUGUGUGAGUGACCACGUGUAUGUAAACACUGUUGGAGCUACAGAGAAACAGCCUGGUCCAGGACAGCCCCAUGUCUAUGAGACUUUGUCCUACUGA